AUGGCCGUGCCGCAGUGGCUACGUGCAAUCGCCUCUGGUGUUCAAAACGAUGCCACUCAAUCCACCACAAGCUUUACAGAAGCACAUUCAACCGACGAAGAUCAUGCGACCUCAUUUCACCAGAUAACAAUUACAUAUGGAAACAUUGACCACAGCGUAUCUAUUACCACGUCCAGUACUAUAGACACUACCGCGCUAUCAUACUCAACAAGCACAUCGAGGAAUAAUUUAACCACGAUUGGUUCACAGAUUCUUAAGCCAGCACCUGAUACGAGGGUUAGCCCAAUCCAAGUCGUCACUCCAUACCUUACUACAUACACCAAGACAAACAUCGACGGCUCCUAUUCAACGAUAGUUGGCCCUGUUCCUGCGAAACCUGGAAACGGACAUCCGAAUCCUGAAGAGCCUGGAAUCCUCUCAGAAGGCCUCCAAGGCCCGCAGCCUAGCAUUGAAGGUACCCUUCCACUUGCUUCAGUAACUGUAACUGGUCAACAACUGGUUGCUCCAGAGUCCGGUAUCGGUCACCAAACAACGGUUGCAGAAAGUCGAUUUGCUACCCUCCAUGGUGCCUCAAUAUCAGGAAAGCAAGUUAUUGGUAGUCAGAGCGCAGAUUCCCACAUACAGUCCACGAGCGUUUCCAAUAUUCGGGUAGUUGGCCAAGUAUUUGAUAGCCUUGUCCCACUGCCAGCUUCAAAAGUGGUCGUAGGGCCCUUAACUACCGAUUUUACGCCACCACAGUCCUGUACAACAUUGGGGAAGUUUGCAGAUUACCGCGCAGAUACCAGCGCUGAGCCCUCCCUAAGUGUAAUAUGGACGUUUAAACGAGGUCGCCUUUGUGCAGAUGUGCAAAUUGCAGAUGGUUGCCUUCCGAGCCAAUUCAUACAAACAUUUUCUCAAAAGCUCGGCGGUGGGCACCAGCUCGAGACCAUUCCCGUAUACUCGCCGGGAGACCGCUGUCCUGUCGGUUAUGAAGGAGCCUGUACAAUGGUACCACAAACUCAGAUGACAGAUUUGCAAGGUAAAACACUAGCUUGGGCUGCCUUGCAGUACGGAGAAAUGGCCAUCGGAUGUUGUCCAAGCGGAUAUGCCUGUUAUGGAGGCGGUCGAUCAUGUAUAUCCACAGCGUAUGCUGGGGCGACUUUUACCCGAUCAAGUUGCGCGACACAAACAGACGACUCUUCGCCGCUGACGAUAGCAAGCAACGCCAGAGGCUACGCCUUUGAUGUUCAAAUGAUCUAUAUCAAGCACGAGACACUCCCCGGUGCCCCAACAGAAGGCCACGAGUUGUCGACAGGUGCUAAAGCUGUGAUUGGGAUUCUCAUUCCCCUAGUUGUGCUUGGCUUGGCUAUUGGGGGACUGUUUUUCAAUAAGAUAAGAAAGAGACGUGCUGCGACCGACAUUGAGCGCUUAGCACCCGGAAAGGAUACGGCAAUUUCUCCGAACGAAGCACCUGAUCAAUCAACAAUACAGCCCGAAAAGGAAGAUGUCAAAAAGAAAGUUGUAGAAACCCCAUUGUGUGAAAUAUCUUCGGAUGUGGUGAUGGAGAUGGAAGGAGAUAAUUCGUUUGCGCCUCUGGAGAUGGAUGCCGACCAACACAUACCCCACGAUACCCUGUAG